AUGAACCAGGUCAUCAAGCUCAUGCAGCUCGACUUCGUCAUCAUGAACAGCAACACCUUCCCCAGCAACCCUAACCAGCAAACGCGCACCUUCACGACGCCGGCAAAUACACAGAUGAUCACCGCCUCCUCCGAUGGUCGCCAGUUCAAAGUUCAGGAGAUUGUUCUAAGGGCCUUGUGCCCGAAGCUGAACGAGCGCGCUGCUGCGGACCAAGAGUUCACUUUUGAGAACGGUCAGGUUCUCUGCGGGUGUGUGAUGAGGGAGAGUGGAGACGAGGUUGCGAAGUUGCUCGAUGAGGCAUACGACAAGAUCGCCUUCUCCGAGGCGAAAGACGACUUGGGUGCUACGACGAAGCGUACGGAGGACCUUACUAUGGAGGAGAAGAGUGAAGAUGAGUUGGCUCUCGAGGCUUCAGCUGUUGCUAGACGUGCUAUCCACCGGGAGAUAGCUCGUCUGGAGCGCAAUUCGGAGCGCAGGGCGAGGAGGAGGGGAUGCGGCGAGAGAGGAGAAGCAUGA